AUGGACAGUGACAGUGACGACUUUGGGAGCGAUGAUUUUGGAGACAUUAAUGACGAUGAACUUAUAGCAGCUGCUACCCAGGCCGAACUGGCUGCCCAUUCUCACCAGCGACCACCACAUUCUGCACAGCAGAAUAGCAGCGCUGGGGAUGUGAAUGGUAACGGUGGCGGUGACGAUAAUCUGUUCCUCUCAGACGAUUUUGACUCCGACGUCGAGCUCCCAGGUGCUUUGGUAGCACCGCAAUCGUCGGAUUAUGGGUCUCAAAGACCUCCGCCUUCCACUGGACAGCUCCGUCAGGCUACUCUCUUCGGUGGAAGAGUCCCAGACGAACCUCCGGGGUCCUCAGCCCGUCCCCGAAAUGUCCACUGCUAUCCGCUAGCUAGUACUCAAGCUCAAGAGCCCCCGACACACCAUAAGAUUGACCGAGAAGCCGCGAAAACAUGGGUCUACCCAUCCAAUGUUAGUCAUCGAGAGUACCAAUAUUCGAUUGUUCACAAAGCAUUGUUCUCCAAUAUUCUCGUAGCUCUACCCACCGGUCUCGGGAAAACCUUUAUUGCUGCAACUGUAAUGCUCAAUUGGUUCCGAUGGGCUCCCGAGUCUCAGAUAGCAUUUUUAGCACCGACCAAACCAUUGGUUGCCCAACAGAUCGAUGCAUGCUACAACAUUGCCGGUAUUCCGAGAAGUCAGACAGCAGAGCUGACAGGUGCCGUGAAUGCCGAUCUACGCCGGGAGUAUUGGGAAGAGAGAAGGGUGUUUUUCCUCACCCCACAGACAAUGCAGAACGAUAUUUCUCGCGGAAUCUGUGAUCCGAAGAGAAUUGUCUGCCUGGUGAUCGAUGAAGCCCAUAAGGCCACUGGGAACUAUGCGUUCGCUACUGUGGUUAGUCAGAUUCGAAAGGCGAAUACUUCUCUUCGUGUAUUAGCACUUACAGCUACUCCGGGUGCCACAAUCGACAAAGUUCAAGAUGUUAUCGACUCUCUUGGCAUCGCUAGAGUCGAAAUCAGGAAUCUUGAAUCCAUGGAUAUUCAACCAUAUGUUUUCAAAAAACACAUAGUGACCCAAGUUUUUGAGCUCACAGAAGAGAUUGUUUUUCUCCGCGAUCUGUAUUGCGAGUGCCUACAGCCUCUCCUCAAGAAAUUGAACGAUGCAAAGGCCUAUUGGGUCACCGACCCUAAAUCGCUAACCAUGUUUGGUCUUAAUAAAGCAUCCCGGGACUGGAUGGCGUCCAAUGCCGGCCGAACCGCAAACCGGGGACUUAAGGGCAUGCUAAUGCAUGCAUUUUCAUUCCUAUCAUCAUUGGCGCUGCCACUGCAUUAUCUUACGGAACAUGGAAUUCGUGUCUUCUACCAUAGCCUGGUAAAUAUCCAGAAUGAGAUAUUGUCUGGGAAUGGUGCAAAGUCGAAGCUGGGGUUCAUUAAUGAUGAAAAAUUUCAAAAGGUCAUGAGACGUGCACAGGGAAUGAUCGUGGACGAAGAUUUCUCAGGACAUCCAAAAUUAGACUAUAUGGCUGGGGCAAUAUUGAAGCAUUUUGCAGACGCUACAGAUAUGGAUGAGAAGCGAGAGACCAGAAUAAUGGUAUUCACAAGUUACAGGAGCAGUGCAGAGGAGGUUGUGAGGGUGCUUAAGAAGCAUGAGCCAAUGAUCAAACCGCAUAUUUUUGUUGGUCAGCAGGAUUCAAAGACAGCUGACGGAAUGAAACAGAAAGAUCAAAUAGAGAUCAUCAAAAAAUUCCAACAGGGCAUAUAUAAUGUAAUUGUUGCCACCAGCAUUGGUGAGGAGGGCUUGGAUAUUGGUGAAGUUGACAUGAUUGUUUGCUAUGAUCAAAACAAAACACCUAUCCGUAUGCUCCAACGCAUGGGUCGUACUGGGCGUAAACGUGAGGGUCAUGUCCUCGUCUUGCUCAGUAAGGGAAAGGAAGAAGAGAAUUACAAAAAGGCAUGGGACGAUUACCGCUUCAUUCAGAACGAAAUCGAGUCUGGUAAUAAAUUCGACUACCACCAUGAUGAAUCACCACGGAUACUACCUAGAGACAUCCAACCUGUUGUUGAUAAGAAGGUAAUUGAAAUACCGGUUGAGAACACGCAGCCGGAAACGAAGCGGACUCGUGCAAAGCCGGGCAAAAAAGCAAAAAUAGUGAAGCCUUUUUUCAUGCCGGAAGGUGCUGAGACGGGCUUUGUAAAAGCGUCGAGAAUAGGAAAGGAUGAUUCGGAGGAAUCAGAGGAGGGUGUCCCCAUGGAGGAGCUGGCGCCGUCAUUAACGGACCCUGAAGCUGGCCUUUUAAAUGCUAGCGAAGAGCGAGAACUCAAUCGCCGAUUCAAAACCGUAUACGGCACCGACGAAGAGAUGGAGCACAUUACUAUCCCUGGAACAGACAAAUUCCCAGCGUUCCAGCGAAAUCUAACAAAGACACGAUACGUAAAACACGGCAGAGCAACCAAAAGCUUGGUACGGCUGUUUAAGAAAUUCACCACCAUAGACGAGGAUUUCAUCAAUACAUAUAUGCAGAAAUUCGACCCUGAGGUAUUAAAGUCACCCCCGGAACCAAUCGUACAAAAAUUUCAACCCAAAACAAAACCUUUCAAGCCAGUCGUACCGGCGGGCAAGGGCCUAGUCGAACGGUCUGGAAAUGUACCCAAGCCUUCAAAGGCAAAGGCAAAGGCAAUCUCCAAGCGCCCUGAGCCAGCUGUGAAACGGAAACGCAAGGCCUCCGAUAGUUCGAUAGAGGAGGAAAACUCGAUAAACCUGGCAAGUUCGCCAGGUGGUAGCGACGAGGACAAAGACGAGGACAAAGAUGAGGAUGUAGUGAUGAUAGAGUCCGACUCAAGUCCGCCCAGAGCCCAAAGGAAGAAAUUCUCAACUGGGACAUCAGACGAGGAAGAUGAUGAUAAAGACGACGGUAAAGAAGAUACUGAUGACGAUGACGACGACGAAGUGCUACCCAAUUUCACAGAAAUGAUCCAAGGGUUCCGCACUGCAAAGGCGAAGCCAAAGGUUUCGGUGAGGCCGAUGACAUCGAAGGCUGCAAAGGCUGCGGCUAGCAAAAAGAACAAUAUGGCCAUGAGGGUAACGAAGGUGACAAAGAAAAAACCAGUAAAAGGGAAAAAGACGAGGAAGUAUGAUAGUGAUGAGGACUAG